UAUACAUUGACAGAAGCAUAUGCAAAGCUUUUGAUUUGUUAUUAUGAGAUAUACACAAAGGCCCAAAUCUUGGCUACGAUAUGAUAGGUAGGAUACCGGGCUGGGCCUAAUUUAAGACGUGCACCGGCCCAAUCUAAGACAUACAGGUCGCGUUUUAGCUGGGAGCAAAUGCGUCCCACAUCGCUCAGUUUCAACUGUGAAGACGAGCGUAUAAUGCAAAUCAGAAGAUUGGAGUUCGUCCUUCGGGACAUCCGAUAAAAUUGGAACGAUACAGAGAAGAUUAGCAUGGCCCCUGCGCAAGGAUGACACGCAUAAAUCGAGAAAUGGUCCAAAUUUUUUUUUUCUUCCUCUGAUCUCCCAAAAUUUGUGCUUCUCUGGCGUCGUCUUCGUUCUUUUCGGUUUGGUUUUUGGUUUGGUGCUGUUUUUGGGUGCAACACGUUGAAGGACACCGUCUGGAUCGAAGGUCUACGCAGACCUUUGGAACAGCAAUACCCUUGCAUCCGACGUCUUCAUCGGCGCUGGAAAGAUUGCAUUCUUGAAAUGAAUUUGGUUCCAUUGCAGAAGGUGCUUUCUCAGGGUUACGACGACACCGCCUAGCCGCUUCAGACUAAAACUGGCAGCACUUUCCUAAAUGGACUCUUCAAGUUCACGCUUGGAUAACGAGGGCGAAUUUGACGAUGCUUUAACCCAUCAAGAUGACCAUCAAAAUGAUGUGGGUGAAAAAUUUGAAAAACCAAAGGGUUUAAUGACAUUUAUUUCGAAUGAAAAGUUGAAUGAUGAGGAAGACAAUGUGGUACUACCCUUGAUGUUAAAGGAUGAUGAGAAAGUUGAAGAACCGAAGGAAUCAAUGACAUUUAGUUCAAUAGAAGAAGUUUGCUCAUAUUACAGGACGUAUGCUAAGCAAGCUGGUUUUGGUAUAGCGCAUAGAACCUCAAGAAAAAGGAAUGGUAUAAAAAGUUACGCAGUGCUUAUAUGUACUCGUGGAGCUCCAGAGCGAACCAGAAUAUCUGAUGUUGCGAAGCCAACUCCAGCAACUAAUAGAACAGGGUGUGGAGCUAAGAUUUGUGCGACUUUAUGUGAUGAUGAAAUGUGGUUUUUGAGUAAAGUUGAGCUGAAGCAUAAUCAUUCCUUAAGCCCGGGCAAAGCAAGAUUUUUUAGAAGCAAGAAGAAAAUAAAUGAUGCAGCGAAAAGAAGGCUUGAGCUAAAUGAUAGAGCAGGAAUACGUAUGAAUAAGAAUUUUAAUUCAUUAGAUGUUGAAAGUGGGGGGUUUGAGAGUCUUUCCUUUGGAGAGAGAGAUUGCCAAAAUUAUAUUAACAAGGCAAGAGAACUUCGUCUUUGUAAAGGAGGUGCUCAGGCACUUUGUGAUUAUUUCAGUAAAAUGCAAAAGCAGAAUGACGGCUUCUACUUUGUGAUGGAUAUGGACGAUGAUUGUAGGUUACGAAAUGUUUUUUGGGCUGAUGCACGGAGUAGGGCAGCGUAUGAUUUCUUCGGGGAUGUUAUUAUGUUUGACACAACGUACUUGACUAAUAGGUAUGACGUGCCAUUUGCUCCUUUUGUAGGAGUGAAUCAUCAUGGUCAGUCUAUACUUUUAGGGACAGGAUUAAUUUCAAGCAAUGAUACAGACACAUUUGUGUGGUUGUUUAAAUCUUGGUUGGAGUGCAUGAACGGCCGAACCCCUAGAGCAAUUAUAACUGACCAGGAUAGAGCUAUGAAAAAUGCAAUAGCUAUUGUUUUCCCCGAAACUCGACAUAGAUAUUGUAUGGGGCACAUUAUGAAAAAACUCUCUGAAAAAUUUGGAUCACAUGCUAGUUUUGAUGGCAUUAAGAGUGCCCUACAUACUUGUUUGUAUGACUCUCAAACAUGUGAAGAAUUCGAGGAAAAUUGGAAAGAUCUAUUGGAGAUGUAUCAUCUUCGUGAUAAUGCAUGGUUGCAUGAGUUAUAUUUGGAGAAGACAUUUUGGGUGCCGGCAUACAUGAAAGAUACGUUUUGGGCGGGAAUGAAUACUAUGCAGCUAGGUAAAAGUAUGAAUGCAUUUUUUGAUGGUUACAUGCACUCACAGACCACAUUGAUAGAAUUUGUUGAUGAAUAUGAUAUUGCUUUAAAGAGAAUGAUCGAGAAUGAGACACGUGCUGAUUUUGAUUCUUUCAAUCGCACAAUCCCAUGUAUAAGCACCUUGCAGUUAGAGAAACAUUUUCAAGUUGUUUACACAAAUGCGAAGUUUAAAGAAGUUUAUGAGCAGUUUGUGAAAAUUAUGUCUUGUAAUAACUCUCAUCUCAAAAGUGAAGGUGUGAUUUCUACAUUUGAAGUUAUUGAAUAUGACGCUGUUGGAGACCACAUAAUAGAAAAGUUAUUUCUUGUUUACUUGAAUGAAGAUGAAGAUGAAUUGAAAGUGAAGUGCACAUGUGCAUUGUUCGAAGUAAAAGGCAUCUUAUGCAGGCAUUCACUUUCCGUGUUACGGACAAAGAAAGUGACAACGUUGCCACCAAGAUAUUUUCUUGACAGAUGGAGGAAGGAUAUUAGGCGAGAAUACUCGAAAUUUAAGAGUCUUUGUGAUGUCGCUAGUGAUAAUCCUAAUGCCCAAACGUUGAGAAACAAUUUUGAAGAAUUACUAUCGCUCACAUCAGUAAAUAUGGAGAAACGUUGCAUGGAUCUAAUGAAAUGCAUGGAUAAGUUAAAGGAGUUGUGGUGUUGCGAAAGUCAAUCUUCCCAUGACAUUCCAGAUGCUGUCACAUCGUUUAGCUGUAAAAAGGUGCUUAGUCCUGUGAAUGUUAGACGUAAAGAGAAGUCACCAACAAGGAGAAAUGUGGCUGUUAUAGAAACAGUGGUCAAGAAAUCCGAAGAAUCGAGCAAGUCACCAAGAGACAACAACGCUAAACAGAAGAGACGAAAGAUUCAGGCCACCAAAUCAAUGGAAGAUCAAGACAAUACAUGUCAAACUCCAUUGCCUUCUGUAGCUCAUGAUCAUAUAAUGAGUACUAAGGAUUCCAUUACUUCAUCAUCGAUAGUGGCUCAAACCUUGGGUGGUAACCAUGAUUUUAUUAUUUCUCAGGUGAAUUUGCCGAUUGACCGUAGAAAUUUGUUAUCCACAUUGGUAAGUCAACACAAAUAUCAAGAGGCUUUCACUACAGCCCUACAAACGCGUAAUGUGUCAAUUGUGAACUGGCUAUGCUCCCAGGUUGAUAUACGACGAGUCUUGACUAUGGAUCCUCUCCCUUUGAGCCAAGAAGUAUUGCUUCGGCUGUUGUGGCUAUUACCCUAUUGUAUCAAUACCAACCCAGCUGAAAUAAUUGCUUGGAUGACAGACAUUUUUAAUUCGAUAAUCAUAACUGAUCCGACAAUUGAAAUGCAUGUGCGACCCAUCUUCAAUGAAGUCUAUGCCGCACUCAACCAUCUGAGUGUCCUGCCCACAAUUACCGAUGAUGUGCGGUCAAUUAUCCGUCUUUUGAUGAAGUCAUUACUUCCACGUUGAGACCAAUGUAAUAGUUAAUGGUAUUUGAUGUACAUUUUGAUUGUCGUUGAAGAUGGGUGUAUAUUGGUGUAUAUUGAUGGGCAUUUUGAUGGGCAUUUUGAUGUAUAUUUGCCUUUCGGGGAGGUAUUUUCUUAACCCCUUCAAUGGUUGCAGUUAUUAUUUCAAAACUUGUUUGAUCUAUCUUGAUAGCACCACUGCUAUGAGAAUGGUGGGAGUUCCAUGUAUGGCCUAUUCUUUUGAGGAAACAUUUAUAUACAUUGAACUUUGGGUUACAA